CAGUAAACAAUAAACGUUUGAAUUAAUGUUAUAAUAUUUUACUUCUUUCCAACAAAUUGAACGAGCUAAGUGAUCUAAUUAUUGUCCACGUGACUUUGUUUUGCGCUUCAAUUUCAAACGUAUAGGUUAGAAAUCAUGUUGACGUCUAAGUUAACGAAAAACCCGUGGCUCAGAAGGUUUCAAAAAAGAUGCGCGUCGAGAGGUUCAACGAUCGUGAAAACAGGACACGAGGAACUGGAAAUCACGAGAAUUCGUAAUAUCGGAAUUUUGGCACACAUCGACGCUGGCAAAACUACCACCACGGAAAGAAUGUUGUACUAUUCCGGCCUUAUUAAACAUAUGGGGGAGGUUCAUCAUGGAAAUACAGUGACAGAUUACAUGGAUCAGGAGCGUCAGCGUGGCAUAACUAUCACUUCCGCAGCGGUGACAUUUCAAUGGAAACACUACCGUAUCAAUUUGAUUGACACUCCAGGACACAUCGACUUCACCAUGGAAGUGGAACAAACCCUAAGAGUAUUAGACGGAGCAGUUGUCAUAUUGGAUGGAAGCGCAGGCGUCGAGGCUCAGACACUGACAGUUUGUAGACAGGCUGACAAAUAUGACAUACCCAGAAUUAUUUAUGUGAAUAAGAUGGACAGGUCGGAUGCUAACUUUGACAACUGUUUAAGAUCCAUCGAGUCAAAGUUAAACACAGAAGUGUUACCCACGCAGUUUCCCAUUAAAGAGAAGGGAAACUUAGAAGGGAUCGUGGAUGUUAUCACCAUGGAAAAGUUGAUGUUCGACAAGAAAGACAUGGGUAUGAGAUACGCCAAGGUAAAAUUAUCCGAGAACCAGGAUGAAAUUUUGUGGGAAAUAGCGAGUGAAAAACGUAGAAGUUUAACGGAUAAAUUGUCCAAUAUGGAUGACGAAUUGGCUGACACAAUCAUAGAACAGGAAUCCUUGGAUGCUGUAGCUCCACAAAUGUUAAUCGAUUCCUUGAGGAGGUCAACUAUAAGCAGAAAGGGUGUUCCUGUGCUGUUGGGUAGUUCAUACAAGAAUAUUGGAGUACAACCUCUGAUGGACAGCGUUCUCUUGUAUUUACCAUCACCGAACAGUAGUAAAUCGUCCGUGCAUUACCGUUGUUUUGACAACAACUUUUGCGCCAGAGCAUUCAAAGUUGUACACGACAAACAAAAGGGGCCGAUUACAUUUUUUCGAAUUUACAAUGGCAGUGUAGAGAGAGGCAUGAAGCUGUAUAACGUUCGGACAGAGGACAAGGAACCGGUAGGAAAGUUCUACAUCGCGUGUGCCAACGAGUACCAAGAAAUAGCAAAGAUCACGGACGGCAACAUUGCAGCGAUAACAGGAUUAAAAAGUACAAUGGCUGGGGACUUGGUGACGACGAAUCUGAAAGCAACGAGACAAGCAGAGAAGAAACUAAGAGCAGAGAAAGGUGUUACUCCGGAAGAUGUGGAAAGGAUAUUCGAUAGCAACUCGAGAGCGUUAGAGCCAGUCUUCUUCUGUUCGAUCGAGGCACCGUCGUUGUCUGCGCAGGUAGCUUUAGACAAGGCUCUACAGGAACUCGAGAGGGAAGACCCAAGUUUGAGGGUGACGCAAAACGAAGAGACCGGUCAGAUCGUGCUUGGGGGGAUGGGUGAAUUGCAUCUAGAGAUUAUCAAAGAGAGGAUUAAAACCGAAUACAAGGUCGAUGCUGAUUUAGGACCCCUGGAAAUCUCCUACAAGGAGACCAUAACGGAACCUAUUCAAGAUACUUUCUCCUAUGAGUAUAAGAUGGCAGACGUUAGCCCGAAAGUUACGAUAACAAUGUCUUUGAUACCGAAUCAUCAGAAGAAAGAGAUUUUAUUAUUAGACAAUUCGAUGAAUGUUGAGUCAAGAGCCAUGCAAGAAAAUAUGAUGAAGGCCGUGAAGAAGGGAAUCACAACGGUGCUUUCGCACGGGCCGAAGUUAAGUUACCCGGUAGUAAACGUGGGCAUUAAAUUGCAUAAUUUGCAAUAUGGGCCUGGUACCACACCGUCGUUGGUCAGUGCUGCUGUCUCACAGAGUAUCCGACAGUUGAUGAAGAACGCCGGGGUUAGCCUUCUGGAACCUAUCAUGAGAGUGGAAAUUAUAGUGUUCGAGAACUAUUUAAGCGCUAUCAUGAAAGACUUGCCGAGGAGACGUGCGGAGAUAAAACACAUCGAUGCCUGCAGGCAAAACAAGGGCAUUGGUGUGAUCCAUCCUUCGCUUGCGACAUCUAGCUGCUGCCAUCUUGUUUCUCUCUCUGCGUAUCUGUCUUCGUUCCUCCUCUUCCGGAGUCAUCCCGAUCGUCCUGGUGGGCCUUCUGCCACCCAUGUUGCGUCUGGUUGGCUGCUGCUGUUGCGGCUGUGUUGUCUGCUGGCUGUCCACAAGGAUGGUGUUGGCUGCCACGGGGGCGGCGACGGUGGUGGUAACGACGUGGUGCGGCGCCGCCGUGUUUUGCGUCUGUGCCGGCGUCGGUUGCGAAGGUUCCACCAACGGUGGCACGAAACCUGCCUCGCGGCUGUGCGAUCCUGA